GAUUUUUCGAAGGGGAGUGUGCUGAUUAGGUAAGGAGAUGUCAUGGUCUUCUUCCGUCGAUGUAGGAAGAUAGCAGACAUGAUCGCCUGAAAAAAACGAACUACGAAGUGCAAGCAUGGCUUUCGCCCAGUCGCACAUUAUGGCAGCUAGAAGGCAUCAGCACAGUAGACUCAUAAUUGAAGUGGAUGAGUAUAGCUCCAACCCCACACAGGCUUUCACGUUCUACAACAUUAACCAGGGACGUUUUCAGCCCCCACAUGUGCAAAUGGUUGAUCCGGUACCCCAUGAUGCUCCCAAACCUCCAGGAUAUACACGAUUUGUCUGUAUUUCUGAUACUCACUCAAGAACUGAUCCCAUCCAAAUGCCAUAUGGAGAUGUGUUAAUACAUGCUGGUGAUUUUACUGAGCUGGGACUUCCUAGUGAAGUAAAAAAAUUCAACGAGUGGCUAGGUAGCCUGCCCUAUGAGUACAAGAUUGUGAUAGCAGGAAAUCAUGAAUUGACCUUUGACCAGGAAUUCAUGGCUGACUUAAUCAAGCAGGACUUUUACUAUUUCCCCUCAGUUUCUAAACUGAAGCCAGAGAGCUAUGAAAAUGUACAGUCUCUUCUAACAAACUGCAUCUAUCUUCAAGACUCUGAAGUGACGGUGAGGGGAUUCAGAAUAUAUGGCUCCCCUUGGCAACCUUGGUUUUAUGGCUGGGGCUUUAAUCUUCCACGAGGCCAAGCACUAUUAGAGAAAUGGAACCUUAUUCCAGAUGGAAUAGAUAUUCUUAUAACACAUGGACCACCUCUCGGUUUUCUAGACUGGGUUCCUAAGAAAAUGCAACGAGUAGGAUGCGUUGAGCUGCUGAACACAGUCCAGAGACGAAUACAGCCAAGGCUUCACGUUUUUGGGCAUAUCCAUGAAGGUUAUGGCGUCAUGGCUGAUGGAACUACUACGUAUGUCAAUGCGUCUGUGUGCACUGUGAAUUACCAGCCACUUAAUCCACCCAUAGUUAUUGACUUACCUACUCCAAGGAACACAUGAUUGUAAUGAGGAUUUAAAGUUGUGCCCAACACAUUAGCAACUUUAUAUUGCUGGCUGAGAAUCCCAGUAGGGAACCGUUCAACAAAAAAGCAAAAACCUUCUUUUUUCCCUGCUAGCUCUUCACAGAUAAAUUUUGAGUGACAAAAGUGGGUGAAGAACAAAGACAUUUUGAUGCCAGAAACAAGAUUAAAGACUUUAACAUUUCACCAUUAAAAUACUUGUGAACACAGAAAAGUGAAUGCAUUCCACAUAUAUAUAUACAUAUGCAUAUAUAUCUCUCUCUCAAGUAGGGACUUUUGUA